AUGCUGAAGAACGAGCAUCUCAAAGGGGUCGUCUUCUUAGCCGCCGCCAAAGCAGAAGCUAUUAUCCACACCUAUCCCACACACUUCUAUGAUAUCGAGGAAGCAAAAGCAUAUGUUGAUGUUACCUGCGAGAAAGCUGACCUCAAGUACAUAACUAGCAAGCACAUGACAGAGGACGAAAUGGAGUAUGUGAAAGAUAGGGCCUGCUUCAUAGUAGCUGCCAAAGCUUUCGGGCAGGGGGAGUUCUAUCUAAAGGUCGAGUUAGCUGAUCCAAGAGCUUUAAGGACCGCUGUCGAAGCCGACAUUGAACGCCUGCUCCCCUUAGUGUCUUAUUGGCCGUCAAGCUUCCUCAGUGUGCAGCAUGCCGUUCUUCACGUCGACAGGGUUGCACGAUGGUCCCGGUUCGUGUAUGAGCAAUUCGAAGGUGUGGAAGAGAAGAAGUUCCGAGCCUAUGUCAACUUCAAUACGGCCAGGCAUGCUUUCGAAGCAGGCAGGUUUGACAUGAAUAUACCCGGUAAAGGAUGGCGUCAACCACAGCGCAAACUCGAAAAGGCUGCUACUACAUCAAAGGCGCCAAUUGAAAGGUUUGGCACAAUGAAGACUCGAGAUCAUAUCUUCAGCUUCGUGAAGUCCACUUCUUUCUCAUUCACAUGCUGGCCCGAGGUCGGCGAUCACCGCUUCCGCCUAUUUGUCAACUAUAACACGGCAAAGCGCGCCUUUGAGCUAGGAAAGUUCAAGAUCGAAGUCGACGAGAAAGAAGAAGAAGAAGAAGAAAAAGAAGAAGAAGAAGAAGAAGGAGGAGGAGGAGGAGGAGGAGCAAUCCUCAUAUGUGCAAGCAAUGUACAAGAGGUAGCCCAAGAAACUACGAUGCCGUCUGUGGAUGAGUCAGAUGAGGAUCCUUUCAAGGAUCUUAUUGCUGUCCUGAAGCGCGAGAGCAUUCUCAAGAUAGCUUUUGAGUGA